UUGGAACUGGCUCGAUAGCACCUAAUGUCAACAACAACAAGGUAGUGGUAUGACAGUUCAUUUUUAUGAAUAAGACACUUUUAACAUGAACUUCAUUUAUAAAGAUUGGCUAAGAAUUUGCUCAUUUCAUUCAGUAAAAUAAUUGGACUAAUAACCUUGAAUUUUACUUCUUAAAGCCCUGAAAUCUGCAACUCAUAUAGUCUUUCACUUUUCAGUAAGUUGUGUCACUUUUAAUCUGAUGAUCAAGCCAAAAUCUUGGGAAUCACCUUUGCAUCCACCCUUUUCUUCAAAUCUCAUAUCACUCCAUCACCUCUUGUCACCAUCUCCAUUGUAUUCACCCUUGUAAAACCCACCAGAAGUUGUGGCCUGGACUACCUCCGCCAGCCUCUCUGUUCUUCCUACAUUUUAUUGUCUUCACGGUAAGCAGAGUGAUCUCUAUGUGUAAAUGAGAUCUUAUAUUUCUCUUGCUUGUGAUCCUCCAGUAGCAUCCCUAUGUAACCAGAAUAAAAUUCUUUCUUUCUUUCUUUUUUUUUUUUUACCAUAGCCUAAAAGGUGCUACAUGAUCUUGUUCCUUUCCACCUUCCCCAUCAUCUCCUACCACUCCUUCUCAUCCACCACACUAGCAAUUUUUGGUCUUUUUAUUGCCCUUGGUACAUGUCAGAGGUUUUAUUUAUGGCACAAAUGAUAUGUGCUCAACUACUAACCUAACGGUUGACAGUUUGAACCUACCCAAUGGUGCCAUGGAAGAAAGGCCUGGCAAUCUGUGUCCAUAAAGAUUACAGCCAAGAAAAUCCUAUGGAUUGAUUCUACUCUAUUGUAGCACAUGGGAUCUCUAUAAAUUGGAAUUGACUUGAUGGCAACGAGUAUUUUGAGUGUGUCAAACAUCUUCUCACAGGGACUUUCUGAUUUCUCUCCCUGGAAUAUUCUUUCCCCUGUUCUUCACAUGACUGACUGGCUUCUUUUCAUCAUUUCAGCUUACAUGUUACUCCUAUGAGUGAUCUUUUCUGACUACUGUAGCUAUAAUGGGCUCUUUUAUUAUCCCUUACCCCUGCUAUCAUUAUUUAUCCUAUUUCCCUUUUUUAUUAUAUAGCAUUUAUUUCUAGUAUCUUCACCAGUACUAUAACUUCUACUACUACUACUAUGACUAUUACUACUACUAGUUUGCUGGCUUACAUUUACUACAUGGUAGGUUUGUUCUAAGCAUUUCCAUGCAUCAAAUACUUCAAUAUGUGAAAUUAUAUGUGUUAGCUAAUUUAAAUAUGAUGUUUGUGUAUGUAUGUAUGUAUGUAUGUAUGUAUGUAUAUCACCUGUUUCCUCCCUCUAUAAUUCCUGCUUGCCCCUAAGUCUGUAAACUCUAAAAUUCAGGCACUUUUGGUUUUUUUCAGUGUCAUGAAUAGUGCUUAUUAUCAUAGAACAGAUUACCAAAAUAGAAGUCUGAUUUUCAGAUUAAACAUUUAUGAUUUUGAGUUAUCUCAAAUACCCUACUGCUGCUUUAGCCUGCUGCCUUACUCUCAUUGUGUGCACCUGUUGCUGCUGCCUUCAAAUAAUUUUUAAGCCCACUGGCUGUAAGGGGAUUUUUACUGAGAUCCUAUAGAUAAUUUGUACAUAACUUAGGUUUUAAUUUUUUCUCCUUUAAGCAGGAGAAUUAUAAAGCUUUGUCAAGUUAUACCUUAAUAGAAAAUAAUAAAAUUAAGAAAGCAUUGGAUUAAGAAAAGUUUUUUUAACACAGCUAUCUGCAAGUUUUUGUUUCAAGAAGUGCUUGAAAAUUUGGUCUUAGAGAUCUUGAGAUCCAAGUGCCUAAAAUAGAAAGACUUUUACAUGUUAUAUAGGAAGAAUAUUAGCUAUUUUAUUUAAAAUAUCAACUAGAAAAAAGAUUUAUUUCUCAAAUAAUGUAUUUUCACUUAGUGCGUGAAGGUUUUCUCUUUUUUGCUCAGUAAACCAAGACUAUUUGUUGGAUGUAUCCUUUCCUUUAAUCUAAAUCUGACUGAUAUACUUCCGUGCCAACAGGGGGAGAUAGUACCAAAUAGGAGGUCCAGAUCUGUGCCUCUUCUAUCUUGCUUUUACCUCAGACAGAAAAGUCUAUGGUGAUCACUUCUGUGGGUCCACCAUCUCUUAUCUAAGAUUCGAGAUGGAGCACAAAAAUAAAUGUCUCCAUUGUGAUAAUAAGCUGGAGCCUAGUUCUGACUCCCAACACUGUAAAAAGUGUUCUUUGAAGCUCAGCACUGAGGCUGCAGGUCCUUCUACAUCAGAAGUAAAAAAAGAUCAGGAAAGAAAGGAGAAGCUGUCCAAAUUUGAGUCUCUUCGUCAUUCAAUUGCUGGAAUAAUUAGAUCUCCAAAAUCUGCACUGGGCUCUUCGACAUUCUCUGAUGUGAUCUCCGUAAGUGAGAAGCCCCUGGCAGAACAGGACUGGUACCAUGGUGCAAUCCCCAGAAUAGAAGCCCAAGAUCUGUUAAAACAACAAGGAGACUUCUUGGUGCGAGAGAGUCAUGGGAAACCUGGUGAAUAUGUCCUUUCUGUAUAUUCUGAUGGACAAAGGAGACACUUUAUCAUACAAUUUGCUGAUAAUCUGUAUAGAUUCGAAGGCACUGGGUUUACAAACAUCCCUCAACUUAUAGAUCAUCACUAUACAACAAAACAGGUUAUCACUAAGAAAUCAGGUGUAGUUCUGUUGAAUCCUAUUGCUAAGGAUAAGAAAUGGAUCCUCAAUCAUGAAGAUGUCUCAUUGGGAGAAUUAUUGGGCAAGGGAAAUUUUGGUGAAGUAUAUAAGGGCAUAUUAAAGGAUAAAACUGCUGUUGCUGUUAAAACGUGUAAAGAAGAUCUUCCUCAGGAAUUGAAAAUAAAAUUUUUACAAGAAGCCAAAAUUCUCAAGCAAUAUGAUCAUCCCAAUAUUGUUAAACUUAUAGGAGUUUGCACACAAAGACAGCCUAUCUACAUCAUUAUGGAACUGAUUCCAGGAGGUGAUUUCCUCUCUUACCUGAGAAGGAAGAAGGAUGAACUAAAACUCAAACAGUUAGUGAAAUUUUCAUUAGAUGCUGCUGCUGGAAUGGCAUAUCUUGAGAGUAAAAACUGUAUACACAGGGACCUUGCUGCAAGAAACUGCCUGGUAGGUGAAAAUAAUCUUCUGAAAAUCAGUGACUUUGGAAUGUCUCGUCAAGAGGAUGGUGGAGUAUAUUCAUCUUCUGGCUUAAAGCAGAUUCCCAUUAAAUGGACAGCCCCGGAAGCUCUUAAUUAUGGGAGAUACAGUUCUGAGAGUGAUGCGUGGAGCUUUGGCAUCCUCCUCUGGGAGACUUUCAGCUUAGGGGUCUGUCCAUACCCUGGAAUGACAAAUCAGCAAGCACGAGAGCAGGUGGAAAGAGGAUACCGGAUGUCAGCCCCUCAGCACUGUCCAGAAGAUGUUUUUAAAAUAAUGCUAAAGUGUUGGGAUUAUAAACCUGAAAACCGCCCCAAGUUCACCGAUCUUCAGAAAGAACUCACUGCCAUCAAGAAGAAAAUGUCAUAGUGAUGAAACAGUGCCAAAUUCAGCGUUCAGCACUCUGUCUCCCGGCAGAGUGAUAUUGUUCUUCUCAUUAACAAUGAGUUCAUACCACAUUACCUGCAACAGUCUUCUAAGGUUAUUUUUUUAUUAACUGUUUGGGUUUUUUUGUAAUAUGUUCCACUUUUAAAAAGAGUCAAGGUAAAUGCAUUUAAAAAAAAAAAAUAGUUCUACCAAGGGCUUUGUUAGCUAACCACAGCAAUCCUGCCAUUUCAGACCGUUGUAAAUAGAAAAGCACAGGCUUUAAAUGUGAGGGACAACAGAUCCGUCUUUUUCACACCCAGGACUAUUGAUGUUUCUCAAAGGUUUUCUGCGUCAGGCACAGUUCACAGGCUGCCAUCCUACUCCACAGACACCUAGUCUCUUGGUGCUAUAACUGCAUUGGUAAUGCCAUGCUUGCAGGGCACAUUCCCACUAAAGUUGGCCUUCUUCUCUGCUGAGUCAAGGUAAUAUUUGUACACAUCUUUUUAUACUGGGAAUUAUUUGGACUACUUAGGGUUUUUCUUUUCUUUUUUGCCAAAAAUAAGCCAGGUGUAAAUGUCAUCAUACUCUGGCUUUAUUAGGAGGGUGGUCGUUUCCCUCCUCCUUUGUCCAGGCAACUGCUCCUAAAGGAUGCUAUAGAGAGCUGUGACAGCAAGAAGCAAGUAUGAACAGGAGGGUGUUCUGGAGAAAAGAGCAGCUAGAGUGGUGAUCAAAGUAGAGAGGAAAAGGAAAAUAUAAAAUCAGCCUUCUUACCAGAAUUAUGCCUUUAUAAACACACACACAUAUUUAUCUCUUAUUUUAUAUUCUGAAUUCACCAAAAACAUCCUAAGAAAUUUUCAGGAAUUCAUAGAUAGAAACUUCUUAAUGGCAGCAAUUUUUUUUUUUUUUU